GGCUCAUGGCUACAGGAUCGAUUCGCCGAUGGUUAAGCUGUGAGUGCUACAGUUUUGUCCUCAAUCGCUGCGUUCACGGUCUGUCUCCUUAGGACGGGAUGGAACAGGAGUUUCGCUCUGAUGGGAUAUGGCGACUACUGGAGGGCGCACCGCAGGCUCUCCCACCAAUAUUUUCGGCCUGCCGCCGUCUCUAAGUAUUAUCCUUCGUCGGCCAAGUCAGUGCAUGAGAUGAUACUUGCACUACGUGAUACACCAGGCCGGUUCAUGGAACACAUUCGCCAUAUGGCAGGAUCCAACGUCUUGAGGAUCGUGUACGGCAUAGAAGUAAAACCUGAAGAUGACCCUCUCAUUCCAAUCGUAGAAGAGAGCGUCCAGGUGUUUUCAAAAAUCACUGUCGCAGGGGCAUAUCUUGCUGAUUCUCUUCCCAUACUUCAACAUAUUCCCGCGUGGUUUCCGGGAGCUCAAUUCAAACGUGAUGCUGCGAAGUGGAGGCCGGUUGUCGAUGCGAUGUACCUGCAACCCCACAUGGAAGUGAAAGCUUCGUUUAAUAACGGUGAUGCCAGGCCGUGCCUAUUGACGGACGUGCUUUUCGAAAUGUCUCAAGAUCGAGAAGGCCGAGACUACACGAUCGACGAAGAUGUUGCCAUCGGCGUUAUGGGGGUAUCUUACGCUGCGGCGUCCGACACCACUACCUUGACCCUAUUCAACUUCGUGCUAGCGAUGUUAAUGCACCCGGAGGUGCAGAAGACAGCCCAGGAGGUGCUUGACGGUACUAUAGGCCGAUCUCGGCUACCAGAGAUUGAAGAUCGAGAUGCUCUCCCGUUCAUCACUGCAAUGGUGAAAGAGUGUCUUCGGUGGAGGCCUCCGCUUCCGUUAGCGCUUCCUCAUCGGUCUGUGGCAGAUGAUGAGUAUAGAGGAUUCCAUAUACCCGCUGGGUCAGUUGUCAUCGGUAAUGCGUGGGCUAUCCUGCAUGAUGAGGAACGAUAUCCAGACCCAGAUGUGUUCAAUCCUCGUCGAUUCUUAGACGGUGAAGGCAGGUUGCGUAAGGACGUUCCCGACCCCACAGAUGCGUUCGGGUAUGGACGAAGGAUAUGCCCCGGACGAUAUUUCGCUCUGGAUGUCGUCUGGCUGGCGAUGGCGAAUAUGCUCGCAGUCUUCUCUAUCGAGAAGCCUAUGGAUGAGCAGGGAAACGUCAUCGAGCCCACAGGAGAAUACAUGACAGGCUCUUUCAAGUAAGCCUCGUGUAUUCACCCGUACUUCCUCACUGGAACGCUCUUCAGUUGGCCCGUACCUUUCAAAGCUGCUCUCAAAAUGCGAGAAAAUGUCGACGUUUUUUUGUAAUACGAUCUAGGGAGUACUAGUAUCUAAUCAUUAACAUAUGACG